CACCGAAUAAAUCGCCAUGGAACGGAGUCAUCUUUAUUUGCCCACCCUGAGCUACGCGGCCAUGGGUCACGUAUACGCACCGUAUCACGGAAGCAGCUCACCUGCACUAUCAACAGCAUCGUCAACAUCAUCGAAGCCGGAGCAGAUCGAAGAGCUGGUGUCCCAGCAGCUGCAUCAUCUUAAGAUGCACUACGCCGACGAGGAGCAACGCUACGUGGACCAGAUGCUCCUCGAGAAUCCCAUUGUUGUGGAGCGCCGUGCACCGCCGCCGCUGAAAACGGAGCUGGCCAUGGAUUGCCGCGGAUCGGGUUCCGGAUCAGGUUCCGGUUCUGGUUCGGAUGUCAAGGAUGCCCAGCGCCAGAGAGCCGAGUCGUGCCGCAAAUCCCGCUACAACAACAAGAUCAAGAAGGCCAAGCUGCGCUUCCGGCACAAAUUCGUCAGCGGGCAGCUGAAGAAGAGCGCCGUCAUGUUGGACACGAUGCGGGAUGUGAUUGCCCAGGCGGAGAGGCAGCUGCUCGAGCGGGGAUUCCCCGCCGCCACCCUCGAGCGGAUGCGGGCCACCUUCGGCCUGGAAAUGGAGCAGUGAUAUCGUAGUUUAGUUACAUGUCCUGUAGGAACGGAUCCCUGACUAGUCCAGCAUUAGCCAUACCACUUUUUUUUCUUGUUGACUAUAUCUAGUAUCUAGUCUAAGCAUAUUAUUAAAUUUUU